AUGGCAGGACAGACUAGUGAAGAACUUGAGGAACUGAAGCGUGAUAGAGAUGAGAUGAAAGAACAGUUGAAACAAAUGAUGGAAAUGUUGAACAAACUGACUGGGCCUUUAGAUACUACACCAAAAGAGGGAACAAUGAAUCAGAAGGCAGAUGAUUCUAAUGGAAAGGUUGAUGUAGGUAGCAACCCUAAGAACAACGGCAAGGCACCGGCUGAUUUGGUUGACAAUACGCCAUUAGGGUACGUCUAUACACAUACGACACCAUAUUAUGCUCAUCCUGAGACUUCUGGUGGUGGGUUCGGACCCCGGACCCGCACGUUGCGACACCAAGAUCAGACGAUCAGGCAAAGCACACAACUUCACAAAUCGGGAAAAAUUUUUGAGCAGCGCAACCAAACAGAAUUUCCAAAGUCUGCUGAGAAUCCUUCAGGAGGGAUUGAGGAAGUUUCUAAGGAGAAUCAAAGCACCACGCAAAUCAGAGGAGUUUGCAAUGAGGACGUUAGAGAGCUUCCAAGCACAAAGUGCGAUGAUCUGGAGAGAGCGGAGAAUGAGGAGGUUCCACUUGAACUGUGGAAUGUGGACUUUUUCUCUACUCUCGAGAAUAGAUGGGGUAGUUUUAUUCAAGUUGAUGAUAAGACAAGGAGCAGAAGUUCUUUGAGGAUAGCUAGAUUACAAGUGAUGGUUUCUAGCUUGUCAGACAUCCCCAAAUUGGCGGUGGGCAAGUCCUCGGGCUCUAGCUUUAAGAUUUUGGUUACGGUGGAAAAAGAAAGUGAUGAUGUUCUUCCCGACCGGAUUCAGGCAAUUGCAAAUGGUAUUUCCGGUGACGUUCCUACAGAUGAUUGCAAUAAUUUGGCAUUGAUAUGCUCCAAUGAAGUUAAUGUUUUGUCGACCAAUGCCAAUUCUCUUUCAGGGCAUAGCAUGGGGAAAAGGAAUUUCAUUCAUAACGGCUACUCGAGUUCCUUGAGAAAUGAGAGAUAUAUAAUUUGUGCUGGGUUUAUGAAGAGGGUUGGAUUUCAUUGUGCCAUUGUGAAUGUUUACGCACUAAAUGAUGAGGAGGGGAGAGUGUUGUUGUGGAAUGAAUUGAAGGACCUAAAGGAGCAAUUCGAUCUGCCACGGAUAAUUGGAGGUGAUUUCAAUGCAGUUUUACAUACCAAAGAGAGGCAAGGGAGGGAUGAAAAUUCUCUAGGUACCAGAUCUUUUACCGAUUUUACUAAUGACUUACAGCUUAUUGACAUGCCUUUGUUGGGAGCGAAAUUCACUUGGGGCAGUAACAGGGAGAUACCUUCUUUCAGUAGACUUGAUCGCUUCUUGGUGAGUACUGAGGUUCUUAUAAGUUUCCCUGAUAUCAAGCAAAAGCUAAAGCCCAAAUCCUUAUCAGAUCACAACCCAGUUUUACUUUUCGUUGAGAAUGUAAAUUGGGGACCUAAGCUAUUCAAAUUCUUUAAUCAUUGGUUUGAAAUGGAAGGAUUCCAGGAGAUGGUUGCUAAUGCUUGGGAUAACAAUAGUGGUGGAGACUUAUUUCAGCGUUUUCGUCUCUUAAAACCAAAAAUAAAGGAAUGGUACAAGGCUUGUGGCGAGGCUGAUUUUAGAAGGAUUGAAAUGGUUGAGGAGCAGAUACAUCAGUUGGAUUUGAAAAUUCAGCAAGGCGAGAACGUAGAAUCUAAUAGAGAGGAGAUGACACAGAAAAGAGGUGAGAUUUGGAGGUUGUAUAGAUCGGCUGAAAGAUCAUGGCAGCAAAAAUCUCAUUUGCAAUGGCUACGGGAGGGUGACAAGAACACAAGAUUUUUCCAAUUGGUAGCAACUAAUCGAGCUCGAAGAAACCAUAUCGAUCAAAUUGAGGUUGAUGGGAGAGUUGUUGUUCACCCAGAAGAAGUAAAAGAAGAAAUCUCUAGCUUUUUUGAGAGACAAAUUCUGGAUUGUUCUUUGAUUGCAAAUGAAGUUGUUGAUUCAAUGAGGAAAGGUGGUGAAGGCGGGAUUUGUUUCAAAGUUGAUUUUGAAAAGGCGUAUGACAGUGUCGAUUGGGGUUUCUUGGAAUUUAUCAUGCGGAAAAUGGGUUUCGGUGAGAAAUGGAUGAAAUGGAACUCAAAGUGUGUUACCACCCCAACAAUUUCAGUUCUUGUUAAUGGUUCCGCUGGUAGAACUUUCUCUACAUCAAGAGGGCUUAGACAGGUGUCGAAACUUUCGGGUCCGGGGGACCUUGCCGAAACGACUUUGGAAAAGGAAGGAGUCGCCACUAAUCUUUUUUACCUAGGUGUGACACAUUAUGUCUAA